AUGGCGAAAAACCUCAGAGCAAAGAUACCCGCCGAAGACACGCUCUUCGUGCACGAUGUAAACACCGCAGCCACGAAGCAGUUCCUCGACGAGCACCCACAAGGCGUGCGCGUGGCUGAAAACGUUCGAGAGGUCGCCGAGAAAGCCGAAACCAUUGUCACUUCGCUGCCGGAGCCAAAGCAUGUAAAGGCAGUCUUUAAGGAGAUGCUGGAGCCGGCAACUCUUCUGUCAGACAGCUCCAUCAACAAAGAGCGGUUCUUCAUCGACUGCUCGACCAUCGACCCCAUGACCUCGAGUGAGGUGGCGGAAGCUGCCCAUUCUACUGGUCAGGGCAAGUUCAUCGAUGCGCCCAUGUCUGGGGGUGUCGUUGGGGCGCAGGCUGGCACGCUCACCUUCAUGAUCGGUGCGCCGCCAGAGGCCGUCGAAGGAGCCACCAAAGUACUGUCAAUGAUGGGCCGAAGAGUAGUACACCUCGGUGGGCCUGGUGCAGGUCUUAAGGGGAAACUUGCCAACAACUACCUUCUCGCGCUCAACAACAUUGCAACUGCAGAGGCCAUGAGCAUGGGUGUGAAGUGGGGUCUAGAUCCAAAGGCGCUGGCUGGUAUGAUCAACACGGCUACCGGUAAAUGCUGGCCUAGUGAGGUUAACAACCCCGUUCCCGGAGUCAUCGAGGGUUCGCCUGCAAGCAGAGGCUAUGAAGGGGGAUUUGGCAUCGGUCUGGCUAGCAAAGAUCUCAAGCUUGCGCUCAAGGCUGCCGACGAGGCGGGUGUCAAGCUCGCUUUAGGGGAGCCCGCGAGAGCGCUUUACGAUGCGUGCGAAAAGGCCGAGAACUGCAAAGGCAAAGACUUUUCAGUCGUCUACCGGUAUCUUGGAGGCAAGGAGUAG